AUGUCUCCAUUUGCUAUCUUCUCCUGGAGCAUUAUAGGUAUUUUGUGCAUUGCUUCCCUUUCAGGGAAUGGAUUUAUCUUCAUGGUGACUGUGGUGCAAUGGCUUCAGAAGAGGAAGAUGUCACCUUGUGACUUCCUCCUGACCUGUUUGAGCGUCUCCAGAUUACUAACACAGUUGAAUAACAUGGCCAUCUAUUUUAUGCAUCUCUUUUAUUCUUCAGGUAGAGGAGAAAUGCUCCUUUUCUCCUGGAUCUUUCUCAAUAUGGCCAGUCUCUGGUGUGCCUCCUGGCUCAGCAUUUUCUACUGUGUGAAGGUCAUCAACUUUCCCAACUCUUUCCUCCUUUGGCUAAAGUUAAGGAUCGAUCUGCUUCUCCCCAGACUUCUUGGAAUAUCGAUGGUCAUUUUCAUGGUCUCUUCUCUCCCUUCAAUCAUCACAUUUUUCAAAUACAAAGAACUGUGUAAUCAGACCGUAACACCACCAACCAUUGAUGAAGUUGAAAAUAGCAUAUGGAUUAGUUUUUUCCCAGUGCAGAUAACUUUCAUUUGCAUAAAUUUCAAUGUGAACAUUGUGGCAACCCUUCUUUUGCUCAUCUCCUUGUGGAGGCAUGUGAGAAACCUCAGAAAAAAUGGUACUAGUUUUCAGGAUCUCAACACUCAGGUCCACCUCAAUGUCAUGAGGCUUUUGUUGAUCACACUCUUCUUCUACCUUGUAUUUAUUUCUAGUUUGAUAAAAUUAAUAAGUGACUUUUCCCAGUUUAGAUCAAACCUAUCACUGAUUACAGAGAUAAUGUUGUCCAUAUUUCCUUCAGGACAUUCAAUAAUUUUAAUAUGGACCAAUCCAAAACUCAAAGAAGUGGCUGCUCACAUACUGAACAUCAGACAAAAAGCUUAA